GCAAUGCUACAGGACUUGGUUGGGGAGACAACACUUCUCCUGGGGCUGGGGCCCCCAAAAUCAUUUAUGCAUCCAGAACUCAUUCGCAGCUGAGCCAGGUUGUUUCUGAACUAAAGAGGUCCUCAUAUAGAUAUAUGAAGGCAAGCAUUAUUGGGAUCUCGGGAUCAGUUGUGCAUUCAUCCAGAAGUUUCGAAGGAACAAAACAAUGCAGUAAAGCUUCACAUGUGCCAUGCUCGAACUACCACUCGCACCUGUUUCUUCCACACAAAUCUUGAAGCUAAGAAAGAGGAACCUGACUUUAAGUUGGAUGUGUUGGACAUUGAGGACCUUGUUACUUUGGGGAAAAAACAUUCAGCUUGCCCAUAUUUUAUGACCAAAGAAAUCCGCAAGGGAGCAGACAUCAUCUUUAUGCCAUACAACUAUCUUCUUGAUCCAAAAGUGAGAAAAAUUCACAAUAUUGAACUGCAGGGAAACAUUAUUAUAUUUGAUGAAGCCCACAAUGUUGAAAAAAUGUGUGAAGAAUCUUCUUCCAUUGAACUGAGGAGCUUAGAUAUUGCCCUCUGUGUUGAUGAAGUGACUCAGGUUAUGAAAAAAUUUAGAGAAAAUAGUGAUGAUGGGGUUGCUGAUUUUCUCUCUCCUUCGACUCCAAAAGAUUUUACUUUAGACGACCUGUGUAUUCUGAAAGCCAUGUUUUUAGAAUUAGAGAAAGCCAUCGAUGCAAUACCUAUCUCUAAGCCUGAGGGAGAUACUUUGCCCGGUGAAUUCAUGUUGGAGCUUUUAGCAAAAGCAGAUUUGAGCCCAGCGAAGAAAGAUAUUAUUUCAGAUCUUCUUGAUCGGGUUGUUCAAUUUCUAACAGUGUCCAGCACUUCUCCUUUUCAGCGAAAAGGCAGUGGGCUGCAAAAGUUUGCGGAUCUAGUCAAAAUUGUAUUCAGUAAAACAAAUUUCACCAUAGAACAUAUGGAACGUGUGAAAAGAUCGUAUAAAGUUCAUAUAAAAGUGGAGCAGCCAAAGACUCGUCCUAAAGGCGAUUCCUGGAACACUCCUAAAAUUGUUUCCAAAGCCGGUCGAGUUCUUUCCUACUGGUGUUUCAGUCCCGGUUUCGGAAUGAGGGACUUGGUGGAAGAAGGUGCAAGGUGUGUUAUUCUCACUAGUGGAACUCUUUCGCCGCUAAAUAGUUUUGCUGCUGAACUCCAAGUUCCAUUCCCUGUUACACUUGAAAAUCCUCACAUUAUUGGUGCCAACCAAGUCCUUGUUGGAGUUGUGACCCACGGCCCAGAUGGUAUGCAGCUAGACAGCAGUUAUAAAAACCGAAGCAACUCGCAGUAUGUUCAAUCGCUAGGGCGGACUAUACGCAGCACGGCACAGGUGGUUCCAGAUGGUCUACUAGUAUUUUUCCCAUCAUAUCCGGUUAUGAAAUCAUGCCAAGAAGCUUGGCAACUCACCGGUUUAUGGGACGCUAUCAAUCAAGUGAAACCAAUUUUCGUCGAACCAAAUUCCAAGGAAGGAUUCCAAGAGGCAAUGAAUGGCUUUUACAGUGCUAUGUCUUCCGAAGAUCGCAAAGGAGCGUGCUUUAUGGCGGUUUGUCGUGGUAAAGUUUCAGAGGGUUUAGAUUUCUGUGAUGGCAAUGGUAGGGCCGUUAUUAUAACUGGGCUUCCAUAUCCUCCUUCGCGUGAUCCUCGCGUUUUGGAAAAACAAAGAUACCUCGAAGACAAUAGGAAAACUCCUCAGUUCAAGGGUCUAACAGGACAACAGUGGUAUCGAUUAGAAGCCACUCGAGCUGUCAACCAGGCAAUUGGUCGCGUCAUUCGUCAUAAACUGGAUUACGGAGCUAUUCUCCUUUGUGACCAACGAUUCGCCAGUCCAGAUAUAAUUCAACAGCUAUCAGCUUGGGUUCGGCCACGUGUCGUGAAUUUCCCCAAAAUUGGGCCGUUAUUGCGCGAUCUUGGAAUGUUCUUUCGUAACGCUGAUAUCCUGUUUCCGUGUUCAGCUAAAGCUGUCCGUGCGCCAGUUGCAGUUGAUUCAAACCGUGAAGAAGCGAAGAAAACUCGAUCCACUGUGGAUUCCUUUCAUCAUGCCCUCAGCUCGAGUUCAUCUCGCGUUACCGCUCUUUAUUCGAAGGGCAGCAGUUCUUCAGCAGAAACCUUCCAACUAGAUCUUGCAGGCUAUUCUUCUACCCUGAAACCUAAUUUAGCGAAAGAAACUUCAAUUUUUGAUGGAUCACAAGCUUCGAAUAAUUGCAUUGAUUUUAAUGACACCGAGUCACUUGUUACGCCAAUGGCUUCGAAUGCAAACGCAGCAAUGUGUCAACCAGCCAUCAAAAAGAGGAAAAUUACUAUAGUAUCUGAAGCGGAAAAGGCCAAAUACGACCUCCGACGAAUGAAAGUUGAGUCCGCCGAACAGGUUUCUUCCCUGGGCCCUGCGUCUUGUACCAAGUCGACCAUGGAAGCUGUGAAACUAAAGAAAGAAAGUGCUGCAGAAUAUUUAAAAUCAGCUAAGAAUUUGUUAGAUCCACCUGGCUACAUGACGUUAUCAAACAUGAUUCGAGGGUAUAGAAGUGAUAAAAAUUAUGAUUUGUUGGUUUCCACGCUUAAGGAACUGUUUCUUCAAGAUCCCAAACUUCGUCAUCUUUUCAAAGGAUUUCGUCAGUUUUUAUCAAGGGAGCAUACGAAAACAUUCGCUGAAGAAUGUAGUACACUUAAUUUAUAACACGAUAGUGUUUCCGUUUUUUUUUGUUUGCCGAUUUCGAAUUGUUUCAAAGUGAUAAACAGGAAUCAUGCUUCUUAA